GAGGAAGGAAGGAAGGAAGGAGAGAUUUGCUGGCUGCUUUUUUGGUGCUGCUGCGGCUGCAGCCUCCCCGUUCCAAAGAACUUGAAUUACAGCUCUGUGCAGCAGGCCCAACGUGGCAUGCAGCAACAAGUCCUGGCUCGCAAGCCGGAGGAGCGAUGCAAUCCAGCGCCAGACUCGCUCGCUCUCGAAGUUGCAUGCGUGUUUCGUGUGUGUGGAUAUAGGCGACGCUGCCGGGGGAGGGGAGGAAGCCUAGCUAGCCAGCCAGCCAGCCAGCCACUCACAGAAAGAAGUAAGGAGAUCUGCUCUCGCUCUCGCUCCCCCCCCAUACUUUAACUGCCAAUCAGGCUUAAUGGGGUAUAAAACCUGCUGGGAGGGCGAGGGAGCCGCGGAAGGCAGAUAAGAAAGUGCCCCGGGACGGGCAGCCAGAGGUCGCGGGCCAGCAGGCAACGUGAGCUAGAGAGGCAGGGAUCCAUCCCUGCCACGGAUCGCCGACUCCGGAGUAAUAAGCAGCAGCGAAGCGAAGUUGCUUCUUCUUCUCCCACCCAGUCAGGAAAAAGCCGAGGAAGAAGAGACGAGUCUGCAAAUAUUUACGCGUGUGCAUGUGCGGAAGGGAGGAGGGACCCGGCACGCUGCCCCGAGCGCCCCCCCCCCGCGCACUCCGUCCUUUUUUUUUUUUUAAAGACAACUCCUUCCAAAAGACUCCCCCCCCCGUUUUUCCCUACGAGCAAUUUCCUGAACUCCCCAGAAUAGACACGAGCCGUCUGGAAAAGCGCUGCCGGCUCCCCAGGCAGACGCCGCCGCCGCGGGCUGUCGGAGCGACUGCGAGUCCGGCUUAAGGCAGAAGAACGAGAGAGAAAAAGAACUUUGCUUUGCCAAAAAUAAAGGGGGGGUGGAUCCUUUGGGAUCCGGAUCUUCGAGCAACUCUGGAAAGUUCUCUUGGCCUGGCGCUGGCCGGUCCCUUCGGCUUCCUCGGCCCCCUCCCGCGCGCCCCUCGGCAGAUGCGUCUCCUCGGGAGUAAGCCCCGUUGUUCCGCAUGGGGCUCGCUCCCAGGUGAGAGUGGCUAGGCUCCUGCCUGCGAUCGCCCUCGCCGGCCGAUCAGAACCUUUUUUUUUUUGCCUUUCACCGGCAGCCCCUCCAGCCCAAACCUCGCGCAACGCCUGGAGCAGGAUUUUGCGCAAGGCGACCUUUCGUUUUGGGGUCGGCUGCGUGGUGGAUCUAGGAGAGCCACUUUGGGGGGAGACGUCCCCCUUUCUUCCGACCUCCCUCGAAACGGACCCUCCCCAACUGACUCCUGCUUCGUCGUCCCCCCCCCCCCCCAGGAUGGUUUGGAGGCGGCUGGGCGCUUGGCUCCUUUUCCCCGUCCGGCUGCUCUGCCUGGUGGCCAAGGCGGCGGCGGGCUCCCUGCUGCCCGGCAGACUCCGCGACCUGGCCGGGGACAGCGUGCUGGUCACCGGAGGAGGCCGAGGCAUCGGGCGCUACUUGGCCAAGGAGUUCGCCAGACGCGGCGCCCGGAAGAUUGUCCUGUGGGGUCGAACUGAGAAGUGCCUAAAGGAAACCACGGAAGAGAUCCGGGCGAUGGGUACGGAGUGCCAUUACUUCAUCUGCGACGUGGGCAACCGGGAAGAGGUCUAUCAGCAGGCCAAAGCUGUCCGUGAAAAGGUGGGAGAUAUCACCAUACUAGUGAACAAUGCAGCCGUCGUUCAUGGCAGGAGCCUGAUGGAAAGUGAUGACGAUGCACUCCUGAAAUCGCAGCACAUCAACACGCUGGGACAAUUCUGGACCACAAAGGCCUUCCUGCCACGGAUGCUGGAACUACAGAAGGGCCACAUAGUUUGCCUCAAUUCCAUCUUGGCCUUAUCCGCCAUUCCUGGGGCCAUUGAUUAUUGCACUUCCAAAGCCUCCUCCUUUGCCUUCAUGGAGAGUUUGACCCUGGAGCUGCUAAACUGCCCUGGAGUGAACGCAACCACCGUCCUGCCCUUCUACACCAGCACGGAGAUGUUUCAAGGCAUGCGAAUCAGAUUCCCCAACCUCUUCCCUCCGCUAAAGCCAGAGAUGGUGGCCCGGAAGACGGUCGAAGCUGUUCAACAGAACCAAGCUUUUCUCCUUCUCCCAUGGACUAUGCACAUCCUGAUCAUCUUGAAAAGUAUCCUCCCGCAAGCAGCGCUUGAAGAAAUCCACAAGUUCUCCGGGAGCUACACCUGCAUGAACACUUUCAAAGGGCGCACAUAGGCGCCAUGUCUCCCUCACACACUGAACAGGCUGCGAGCCCGGCGAGGGCAUCGGGAAGCCUCCUGUGGCCACAGGCUUGCUCUUGCUUGCCACAGCGACAGCAUCGAGAGCCACAGCAAUGCAGCCUUCUUUGCAAAAAGGGCAGAACAACUCACGGUGGCAAGGAAGGGAGGGAAAAACAGCAGGAUGCCUUGACCCGACACUUUAGGAAAUGACUGUUUCCCAUUUGCAAUGUAGUUUUUAAGAGGAGUUUCAAGGUGUAAUGGUUGCAGAGCCUCCUAAACCUGAAUUCAUUGCACUUCCGCCUGCUAAUCAGGAAUUGCAAAUGACUUUAAGGGGCUCCCCCCUCUGUUUUUGGAAGGAGGGUUCUUCAUUUGUAAAGGUUGUAAGGCUUCACUAGCCUCGGAUGACUGUGGAGACUAGUUUGUUGCUUUUUCAUCACCGUGAUGGGAUGCCAUGCUUUUCCAGCUGAGAAAGCUGCAUGGGUCCUUGGCUCCUACUGCAUACCAGGGAAAUAGUACGGAACGUUCCUUUGUGAGGGACAAAUCAGCAGGAGUCUUUGGCAAUGAACAGACUGGGACAGGAUUAAGUGCUUCUGUUGUAAGGGGUUAUUAUUGGAGGGGAGGGUGCUUCUUACGUCUGCCCUGUUUGGACAGAGAAAACCAUCACAACCGCCUUGGUGGAUUGCACCCAGUAGUCUGUUUCCAACUGUGGACAGUCUGAUCUCUCUGGGUGGACUUCAUUCCGUUGUUCUUUUGUCUGUGGGAUGAGACCCUCUGCCUCUGAACGUGAUGUGGUCAUUCUUAGCUAGGAUGGUUAAUCACAGUGGCAAGACUUCACUAUAAGAAGUUCGCAGGUUAAGCGAAGCCACGUGAGGGGAUCUCAAGAGUUCUUUUCAGUAGGUCAUUGGUGUUCUCUCUGUGGUGGCCAGAGGCAUUCUGGGAAGGAUUAGGGGAGGCUGCCUCUGUUCAAAUACACAUGAUCAAACUGUCCAGCCCUCUUCUGAGAUAAAUCCAGCUUUUUCUUCCUUCUAACACCUCUACAUGAGCACAAAACUGGCCAUUAAUGCAUAUUCAUAAAUAAGUAAAUAAUUUGCUAACCUUCAGUAAUGGUCUCUGUGUGGGUUUGGCAUGACUGCCCAUUCAAAAAGCAGCUCAAAAGAUAAUGGGUCAUUGGGGUGAAGAGUCCAGUGAGAGAUGCCGUCUCCUUUCUGACAGUGUGAUCAGAAUCUGACCAAUGGGGUCUGCAACAACAUGUUGCAGGGUAACGUGCUUCUGUUCAGGGUGCCAGCCAUACCCUCUUCCAGGGUACUCCAUUCCAUUCUCCAGUUUUUUGUGCCCCCUAGCCCCAAACAAUCAGUUAGUAUUCCGGGCCCACCGAGCCUGCUCAGGCUCCACAGAAUUGUUUUUGGGUCUUACCACCACCACACCAAAAAAGCAGGGUUUUUUUCCCCCUAAUGUUCAACCACAAUCUACCCUCUGGAGUGACUUAAGCCCAUUAGAUCCAGUCCUGCCCUUUGGGUUGGCAGCAGAGAACGAGGCUCUGCCCUCAGAAAUGUAACAGAUGUUUGGGGGUUGGAAGAGGUGAAACACACCCAGUUCCUUUGGCCUUUCCUCAUGGGACUUUCAUUUUUUCUACUCCUGACCAUUUUCACUGCCAUCCUGUGAACCCAUUCCAGAUCUGGACACAGGGCUUCCAGAUGAGAUCUCACUAGUGUGAAAUCAGCGAAUCCUAGACCGGUAUGCUUGGUGCCCCCGUUAGAGUUCUUUAGCCUCUGGUCCCCAGAUAUUAUCGGACUAUAACUUCCAUCAUCUCCACUCAACUUAGCCAAAGCGAUGUUUGGAGUUAUAGUUGAAAAACAUAUGGGGAUCUCACAGUUGAAGAACACUGCAUUACAGGAUGUGAGGGGGACACCUAGGGUGUGGUGAUAAGAGUGGAGGAACAAGUCGGAUGGGGAGCCUGUGGCCCUCAGAUGUUGCUGGGCUUCCCACACCUUCAUUCCUGACAUUGGGGCUGAUCUGGAUCAAAUACAGUUUCCCUACCCAUGUAUUAGGCUACAGACAUGCUUGCUGUGAUGCCCAGCUUCUGUUGCUUCUCCGCCUCUGUUUUUGAAUCUGGGUGCACCCGACGUUUCGUGCCCCACCCCGUUUUACUCCAAAAACUUUCCCUUCAAGCCGAGUUGAAAAACUCUUUAGCCUAUCAACCCGUUGUGGUUCUGAGGUGUGUCCAAUGGAAAUACUUUUGCAGUUGGCAGUCCUAAAAGCUCUGGCAUCAGCAGUGGGCUGAGUGUAUUCCAUCGAGCAAAAAAGAUGCACACAGCUUCGUUUCAAACCACACCCAGACAAAAUGGCCUCACUGCUUUUUAAGCAACUAGUGUGCACGUAGCCUUAGGUCCGGUGGCUUUCAGACUGCAUGCUGGGUUUCCCUUUGAAGCCCAUCCAUGA